ACGGAAGCAACAGUGAUCAGGAACCUAAACUGCUCCUGGAUGCAAUCGCGUUUCUGCCUUUAUUGUACUUCUAAAAGUCACCACACUGAAUUAGAGGCUUUGUAAAGACUUUGAGCUUAUCUUAGGUUGUGCUUUGUAGACAGGAUGAUAGUGCGCAUUGAUACUCUUACAAAUAAUGAUAAUCUGUUUUAUUAAAUAUGAGCUUGGGAAAUCUACAGUUAAUAUCAAGCGAUGAUCUCUCGCAUUUUGACAUUAUGCAGUUGGUUUGGCUCAAAUCGCUUUGGUUCCUUUUCGGGUACAUUUUUGUUAGUUGUUGUAAUGCUCUCAGUUCAUGCAGGAGGUAUUCAAGCAAGUCUUAGUUUGGGACCUGAAGGGAAUCUACCACGGUUCAAGGAUGUUUUCCUUUAUGCCUUGAGCCACGAUGACGCCCCCUCUCUGCUGGUGAACCUGUGCUGCCUCCUGGUGGUGGGGCCAUGUCUGGAGCACCGCUGGGGUACUGUAGCCUUCCUUUCCCUGUCUGCUCUCUCCUGGGCUGCUCUACCUUGUGCCUACAGCCUGGUUCUCUGGGUGGGCAUGGGGGAUGCCAGCCGGGUGUGUGGGUACUCAGCAGUGCAGCUGGCUCUCUUCACAGCACAGUGCAGACAGGUGAAGGGCAGGAGGCUGCUCAGUUGUGUCCCUGUGUGGCUCCUGCCCUGGAUGGCCCUGCUCCUGGCUCUGCUGCUGCUGCCUGGGACCCCUGUGCUCCUGCACUUCUGUGCCAUCUGCAUUGGACACAACUAUAGUGCAUCCUUUAUUGGGACACUACAGGGGCUGGAGACUUUCUGCCCUGUGCACUACAUCCCUGAGUGGGCUUAUGUGUCUUCCUUCAGACUCCGGCUCCCUACACACUCUACCUCACAAAGAUACAGUCCAUACUCUGAGGCACCACACAAUGAAGACCCCAGCUCCUCUGUGAGUUCCUAUGACCUAUCCUCUGGAACAGGCCCGAGGGUAGACCAGCUACAGUCCAGAGAAGGUCCUGGCUUUGACAUAGACCAGUUAGAGUCCAGAGCAGGUUUUGGCUGGGAGACAGACCAGUUACAGAGCAGAGAAGGCCCUGAUUGGGUCAUAGAGCAGGUACAGUCCAGAGAAGGUCUUAGUUGGGAGAUAGACCAUUUACAGUCCAGGGCAGGUCUCAUGUGGGAUAGGUUUCACAAUUCAACUGAAGUCGAGCUCUUAGAGGACCAAAUGCUCCAGGCUAGCAUGCUGGCGUCUCUGCAGGAUGCCUCUGACAGUCCUCAUCCAGGAGCUGGAAAGGGGCUCCUGGAGUUUGCACACAGCCCUGGUGCCAGAGCUGGACUCUUGGACACAGCAGAGGCUAAAGUGGAGCUGCUCAAGUCCUCUGUGUCCUCUCUCAGGCUGCAGCAGCUGGAGAGAAUGGGCUUCCCCACAGAGAGGGCCGUGGUGGCACUGGCGGCUUCUAAACAGCUAGAGAGUGCCGUGACGCUGCUCAUCGACGACAGUAUCGGCUCAGAGGCAGUGGUAGUGGGAGCCAAGGCCCUGGGGUUUGCUCCACACAGAUAAAUGGGAAACUACUGUGAGCGCUCAUUAAUUUACUGUAACAGCUUUAAUAUCCUGAGGCUUCUUUUUGAAACUAUAGGUUAAAAUAAAAAGAAUGAUUCUCU